CUCUUCACUUCAGAUGGAGUUCAACUCUUGUCAAAGCAACAUCGCUACACAUUGCCAAUUCCUGUGCUUACCGUUUGCCACUAUUUGCAAUACUCAUUCACCGUGAACAAACACGAAAAUUAGAUCGAUGGAAUCGUUCAUAUGCCGAGUUUGCUUGGUCAGCUGCGAAAAUAUGGCCAGUGUUUUCGAUGCGUCCCAUGAACCGGACCUAUCCAUUGCGUACAUAAUAUCCAAGUGCACCGGCUGCCAAGUUGAGAAGGACGAUCCACUGCCCAACACCAUAUGCCAGUCCUGUCUGGAGGAUGCGCAGAACGCAUUCGACAUCAUAGAAACGUACGAGAGAAGUCACCAGUUCUACCGCUUCUUCAAGGAUGUACGGGAGGAGGAGAGUGAAAAUAAGGGAUCCGGAUGCUCAGAAGAAGUGAAGUCAGCUGAAAUGGAUCUCCAGGAUGGUGCCGACGACGCCGAUUCCGGCAAUGAACCUGAUACUAACGAACGUGAAAUCAAGGCCAAGGAGAAACCAGGCUUUAGCUGUUCUUACUGCUCGAAAUCUUUUCAAAUAAAAUCGAGUCUGAAAGUACAUUUGCGAACACACACAGGAGAACGUCCCUUCACGUGCUCCCUCUGCCCCAAGUCCUUUGGCUACAACUCUGUUCUUCAGAAUCACAUGCGAACCCACACAGGAGAACGACCCUUCCAGUGCUCGCAUUGUCCAAGGUCCUUUUCAGUUGCCCACAACCUCAAGGCCCACAUACGGAUGCACGAAAGAAGAGAAUCCUUGAAGUGCCCAUACUGCCAAAAGUGCUUUCUAAGUUCUUUAAUUCUCAAGCAGCACUUGGCCACGCACACUGAUAAAACGCCCUUUAGGUGUUCCCAUUGCUUAAAGGACUUUGCGCUACAUGCGUAUCUCAAGGGACACCUGUCAAGGAACGCAACAUGCUCUCAAGGCUCAAAAACGUCUGCCCACAAAACACUAGUCCCCUCAAAGGCACUUAAGUGUGAUGAGUGCCCAAAAACUUUCACUGACCAUUCGGCUCUGUUCGCUCACUUGAAAACGCACACCAAAAAUAAGCCCCUGAAGUGUUCCCAUUGCUCAAAGUUCUUUGCAAAUCUUCAGGAUCUAAGCCGGCACAUAGUAACGCACACAGAAAACGGGCCGUUUAAGUGUUCCAGCAGCCCAAGGACCUUUUCGCGGAAAUCAGCACUGCAAACACACUUACGAACCCACACAGGAAAACGCCCAUUGCAGUGUUCCCACUGCCCAAAAUCUUUUGCACGACGCUUAGGCUUUUGGGAACACAUGCUGUUGCAUGUAAAAGAAAGAAGCGUAUUAGAAGUCUAAAAGAUUUCGAUUUCUAACUUAAAACAACAGAGACGAAGAGCGAGCAUUAAAUUUUUGAAUGAUCGCAGGCCUUCGAUUUAAACACUUCCUGGGUCGCCUUAUUUCAGCGUACACGGAGUAAUAAAUGUUCCCAGUACUUUAUAAGGUUUUUACUUAAGAUAUAUCUAAAACACAUACGAGUUUCCCACUCGAUAAGAUAAUAAAGAAUUUAUUUCUAAAUGAAA